AUGUCUUCCUCCUUCUUCACCACUCCGGCCUCGCAGCGGAAGAGAAAGCGACCCGAAGGAGAGUCGAGCGCUCCCAAACGCCGCAACAUCGACGCCAAUGCUUCGCGACCUGCAAGAGGAGGUGGUGCCCGCCGUCCUGAGCGAGAAGAGUCGAUAAGUGGCAGUGAAAUCUCAGACGAGGAUGGCGGCGGCAUAUUCGACGAGGGAGAGGGCGGCGAUUCGGACUCUUCAGACGACGAGAACGAGACGGCGGCAGAAAAACGAUUGCGCCUGGCCGAACGUUAUCUAGAGAACAUCCGCCAAGAGGUCGAGGAAGAGGUGGGCUUCGAUGCAGAGCAAAUCGACAAGGAUCUGAUUGCAGAGAGGCUCAAGGAAGACGUGGCAGAGAACAAGGGCAAAAUCUACAAGUACAUUGCAGACGAGCUGGAUUUUGAGCAGGCUUCACAUGUGGCGUCAUAUCCUGGCCUGCAAAAGGCGGUUACUGGGUGCGCACUACACCUCCCAUAUGCGUGGACCAUUAGCAAAGACCUGGUGGUGGAGAAGUGGGAAAUCGCAGACCCCAAGUCGUACGCUCCAGACCCCAAUCGACCCUCGAACCUCACUCCGCGCCGCACUCCAAAGCGACUCUUGUGGCGGAAAGGCAACAAGAACAAAAAGGGCGACAGGUCCUAUCUGGGCCACACAGGCGAAAUCAUCUCCAUUGCCGUCUCCGACUCAGGCAAGUACCUGGCUACAGGAGACAAGCACGCACGCCUCAUCAUCUGGGACGCCGCUACACUCACACCACGCCACCUAUUCACCCGACAUCGAGAUGCAGUCAUGUCCCUCUCAUUCCGGAGAGGCACCGAACAGCUGUUUUCUGGCGGAGCAGAUCGCGCCGUCAUUGUGUGGAGUGCGCCCGAGAAUGCCUACAUUGAGACGCUGGUCGGACAUCAAGAUGUAGUCAUUGGCAUCGCCGGCGGCCUCGAGCUCAACCAAGAGACCUGUGUCAGUGUGGGUGCUCGAGACCGCACCGCCAGAUUAUGGCGCGUUGUGGAAGAAAACCAGCUCGUAUUUCAAGGUGGAGGCACAGCACGGCAAAAGGGGCUGGAAAAGCUACGCAAAGGCCGUUUUGGCAAAAACGUCGACGACGAUGACGAAGACAAGCCCAAACACAAAGUCAACGGCACAGACGCAGACGCAGACGACGACGACCCACUCAUCCCCUACGCUGAAGGCUCCAUAGACUGCAUCGCCCUCCUCGACGCCACCCACUUCGUCACCGCCUCGGACAACGGCUCCCUCUCCCUCUGGUCCGACAAGCGCAAAAAACCAAUCUUCGUCCUCCCCCUCACCCAUGGCCGCGACCCCCGCCUUCUCCCCACACAAAUGUCCGCAAACCAGGACGCCGCUGUGUCUGCGCAACCGGGACCCCGUCUCCCACGCUACGUCACGGCCAUGGCGACAGUGCCAUUUGCAGAUGUCGUACUCACGGCGAGUUGGGAUGGCUGGAUUCGCGCGUGGAAGGUUGCAGGUGAUAGGAGGGGGUUGGUGGGGCUGGGUAAGGUGGGUAAGGUCCCGCUCGAUCUUGAUGACGACGAGGACAAUGGCGCGGAAAAACAGGAUAGAGUGUUAAUCCGUGGUAUUGUCAACGGUCUGGCUGUUCAGGAGCGAGGUGAUCGCGGCAAAGACGGUCUUUGCAUUGUCGCCGCUGUGGGCAGGGAACCCCGUUUGGCGCGCUGGAUGACGGGAAAAGUUAAGAAUGCGCUUUAUGUUUUUGAGGUGGGGAGGAAGGGGUUGGCGGGUGCGUUGGAGGAUGAGGCGGAGGUUGGGGGAGAGGAGGAAUAG